AUGGGCUCCGAAAUAGUGUACUCGUUGUCUGCCGCUGAGACCCCUGGAUUAGUCCACGCAGACAGACUUAGCGAUACAGCUGCCCAGGAAGCCAGCCACCUUUUGAACAAAAACCACGAGACAUACCACGCAUACUUCCACUUAGCGGGAAUGCAUAAUCAUAUCCUUCAUCAUCUCUUUGCGAUCUAUGCGCUUGGGGCGUCCCCCGAAGAUCUACGAGCUGCCUAUAGUCGUAACGCCGACUAUCAGAAGAUCAAGCGCGACGUAAAGGUCCCCGACUUAAUUCAGAAGCUUGCCGACCCAGAGUGCUUCCGUCAAAGUCUUGGACAACCUGUCUUGUACGAAGACUUUCUGCAGUUUUUCAAGACUGAGGUCGCAGCUCGAGGAGUGGAGCGAACUCUUUCUUCGUUUGUCUUCGCCGGAGAUGAGCGAGCCGACGACAUGUUGGCCAGAAUGUUUGGCGGUCUCCUGCACCCAAUCAUUCAUCUAGGCUAUGGCUUAGAAUUCAAACAGCCAUUAGCGGUUGCAGAGGCGUUGGCGUCUGCUGCAAUCCACGACACUUUCAUGGCGGAGAUAUGUGUCCCUGCCGAAGCGGAAUCCCAAAAGCACGACAAAGCCUAUCCCGAGACGGACAUGAUGACUUUGAUUAAACAAAUCCAAGACGAUUGUGACAUUGUUGAGUCCAUAUCCGAGGAUGAAACACAUAACAAACUCAUGACAGAUCUGAUGCCGCGGGCGGGCAAGAAACUCAUCAAGAUUCUCGCUCAAUAUACAGUUCGGCCUGAGCAGAUCGACGAUAAAUUAUCUGAGAUGGCACAAGUCGACUGCUAUCUACUAGGCGCAGCGCAGAAACCUGACAAAGCAAUAGCGUUUGACUUUUACAUGAUGCAUUGCGUUAACUUGAACCCAUUUUACACCGUCUUCAUGCAGCUACCAUGGCUUUCGGCCGAAAACAAGUGUCGGCUUCUUGAAUGGAAAGCAAGGCUGGAUCUGGCGGUAUAUGCGUCCUGCAAAGCACCAGCCCUUUUCCCAGAGCGCGUUACACAGUACCAGCCUAAGUAUCCCGGCGGGUGGGAGUCUAUAUUUUCCAGAGCGGUACGAUAUCGUGACGAUGGCCAUACCGCAAAGCUAGUGCGCGCCAUCAGGCAUAGUCAACUUGAGGUCGAGAAGAAACAGAGUGUUGGAGAAGCGGCUCGUCCACUAUCGGUCGAGAGUUAUCUGUUGCUCGCCCACAUGGUAAUGGACUGUGUCGAGGUAAUGGAGGACAAAGAAUAUAAGCGGCCUGAGGUCAUUUAUUUUGAGGACACAUCCGAAGAAGUUCUGCGCCUUGUUGCGAGAUGGAUCAGGUUCUGUGGCACUGAUGUUGCCUGGAAAGACGUCCCAAAAUUGUCUGCUCAAACGUCUUAA